GUGGAUGUUUCCGGUAUUGAGUUGUUGUUUGACAGAAGGGGACUCGAGGUUCAGUGCAAUUUGUUCAUGGACCAGUUGUGUGAACAGCUACUGUUAGAAUGGGACAUAGCAACUCGGGACCAGAGACCCAAAAACCACCAGAGGAGGGAAAUGGAAAUAUAAAGUCGUUUGUGGAGGACCAGCUUCAGACCAGCAUGAUGGUGGGAAUAGUGCUUGGUGCCGGCAUCUCCAUCGUCCUCAUCGCCACCUUCAUCUUCUUCGUGCUGCGUAGGAUUCACCUUCGGAACCUCGCGGCUCAAGAAGCCCCCAAAUACCGCUUCCGCAAACGAGACAAGGUUUUAUUCUAUGGCAGGAAGAUCAUGAGGAAAGUCUCUCAGUCCACUUCAUCUUUAGUCGGAACGUCGUCAUCCUCUUCCUCCCGUCCAAGACUGAAGAAGAAGCAGAAGAUGCUCAACAUUGCCAAAAAGAUCCUGCGCUUUAAGAAGGAGGUGCCCACACUGCAGAUGAAGGAGCCUCCUCCCUCAGUGCUAGAGGCAGAUCUCACAGAGUUUGAUGUAGCCAACUCUCACCUGCCCUCCGAAGUGCUCUACAUGCUCAAGAAUGUGCGUGUAUUGGGCCACUUUGAAAAGCCAUUGUUUCUGGAGCUGUGUAAGCACAUGGUGUUCCUGCAGUUCCAGCAGGGCGAGUACGUCUUCAGACCUGGACAACCAGACAGCAGCAUCUACGUAGUGCAGGACGGCAAACUGGAACUGUGUCUCACAGGACCGGAUGGGAAGGAUGGAGUGGUGAAAGAGGUGUUUCCAGGAGAUUCGGUUCAUAGUCUAUUGAGCAUUCUUGACGUCAUCACUGGUCACCAGAGGCCGUAUCGGACUGUGUCUGCCAGAGCUGCAGAAGUGUCCACAGUCCUCCGUCUGCCUGUUGAGGCUUUUCUGUCCAUCAUUGAGAAAUACCCAGAGAGUUUAGUGCGAGUGGUGCAGAUCAUCAUGGUGAGGCUGCAGAGAGUGACAGUCCUGGCAUUACACAACUACCUAGGUCUCACUAAUGAGCUCUUCUGCCAUGAGAUGCAGCCACUGCGUUUACCCAUUCUCUCGCCACACGCCAGUCGCACCAGCCCUGUACGCCACAGCAAACGCUUCAGCAGCCUCAACGUGCCAGAGGACCAGCGGGAAGCCGCCGUCCGAGACGCCACCGCAGUGGAUCAUGGGAAAGAAGGCAGCACCAUCCCGACCCUGAGCAGGGCUAUCUCCAUGCCUGUGGACAUUGCUGGUAUGCAAAAGAGCCUGCGUUCGGAUUUCGACAUGGCAUAUGAAAGGGGCCGCAUUUCUGUGUCUGCCGAGGAUGGAACACCUGCAGCACCCACGUUCUCACGGGACCAGCGAGAGAGAAAGGUAACAGUAGAUGAGGUGCCAUCGGGUGUGUACUUGUACCCCGAGGAGGAAGUGGGCACAGAGAACGUUUAUGGUCCGUUGCCAGGACGACCUAAUGCCACCCUGUUUGAGGAGGCUCAGAAAGAGUUCCUGAAAUUAAUGAAAAUCGAGGACCCUGCACUACUGAACGGACGAGUGACCUUGCAUCAUGCCAAAGCAGGCUCCGUCCUGGCCAGACAGGGAGACCAGGAUGUGAGUCUUCAUUUUGUGUUGUCUGGCUGCUUGCACGUGUAUCAGCGCAUGAUCGACAAGCAGGAGGACGUUUGCUUGUUCGUGACGCAGCCUGGUGAGAUGGUGGGUCAGCUGGCCGUGUUGACCGGAGAACCGCUCAUCUUCACUGUCCGUGCCCUUCGCGACUGCACCUUCCUCAGGAUCUCCAAAUCGGAUUUCUAUGAGAUCAUGAGGGAGCAGCCCAGUGUGGUCCUGAGUGCAGCUCACACUGUGGCCAUCCGCAUGUCUCCAUUCGUAAGGCAGAUGGAUUUUGCCAUAGACUGGAUGGCUGUGGAGGCUGGACGUGCUCUCUACAGGCAGGACGAUCAGUCAGACUGCACCUACAUCGUGCUGAACGGUCGUCUGCGCUCCGUCAUCCGGAAGACGAACGGAAAAAAGGAGCUAGUAGGAGAGUAUGGUAGAGGAGAUCUCAUUGGAGUGGUAGAGGCUUUGACCAGGCAGCCUCGUGCGACGACUGUUCACGCAGUCCGAGACACAGAACUGGUGAAACUUCCAGAAGGAACACUAAACAACAUCAAGCGACGUUAUCCUCAGGUUGUUACUCGACUGAUCCAUUUGUUGGGACAGAAAAUUCUAGGAAACCUUCAGCAGCCCCGUGGACCUUUAGGUUCAGCUUUGGGUUUGCCCAGCAUGGCAUCCAGCCCUGAUGUCACCAAUCCAGCCAGCAACCUCUCCACUGUGGCUGUACUUCCUGUUUGUGACGAAGUGCCAAUCAAUGCCUUUAACCUGGAGCUCAGUCACGCGCUCAGUGCCAUAGGACCCACUUUACUGCUGAUGAGUGAUAUUAUCAGAGAGAGACUUGGAGCUUCUGCUUUAGAAAGCAUUCAUGAGUACAGGUUGUCAGGCUGGUUGGCCCAGCAGGAGGACAUCAAUCGUAUAGUUCUGUAUCAGACUGACAGCAGUAUGACUCCAUGGACCCAGCGCUGUCUCAGACAAGCAGACUGCAUCCUUAUUGUUGGCCUCGGAGACCAGGAGCCCAGUCUUGGUCAGCUGGAGCAGAUGCUGGAGAACACGGCAGUGCGGGCUCUGAAGCAGCUGGUUCUGCUACACCGUGAAGAUGGCCCAGGUCCCUCUAGAACUGUGGAGUGGCUUAACAUGCGUAGCUGGUGUUCUGGUCACCUUCAUCUCAAAUGCCCACGUCGAGUGUUCUCACGCAGGAGUCCCACCAGACUGAGAGAGGUGUAUGAGAAAAUGUUUGAGAAGACGGCAGACAGACACAGUGAUUUCUCCCGUCUGGCUCGAGUCCUCACAGGAAAUAGCAUUGCUCUGGUACUAGGAGGAGGAGGAGCAAGGGGCUGCUCACAUGUUGGUGUUAUCAAAGCCAUGGAGGAGGCGGGGAUUCCUAUCGAUUUAGUGGGUGGAACAUCUAUUGGCUCGUUCAUCGGCGCACUGUACGCAGAGGAGAGGAGCGCUGUUCGGGUGAAGCAGAGAGCGAGAGAGUGGUCUAAGGCGAUGAACUCUGUGUUUAAAACUGUGCUAGAUCUAACUUAUCCCAUCACCUCCAUGUUCUCUGGCUCCACCUUCAACACCAGCAUUUCCAACGUGUUUGAAGACAAGCAAAUUGAGGACUUGUGGCUGCCUUAUUUCAACGUGACCACUGACAUCACAGCAUCUUCAAUGCGGGUGCAUAAAGAUGGCUGUGUGUGGCGCUAUGUUAGAUCCAGUGCCUCCUACACCCCCUAUUUACCUCCUCUCUGCGAUCCCAAGGAUGGCCACCUCCUCGUGGAUGGUUGCUAUGUAAACAAUGUCCCAGCGGACAUUGCUCGCAAUAUGGGAGCCAAAACGGUCAUCGCUAUUGAUGUGGGCAGCCAGGAUGAAACUGACCUAUGUAACUAUGGUGACAGUCUGUCUGGCUGGUGGUUGCUGUGGAAACGGAUCAACCCGUGGGCAGAGAAAGUUAAGGUGCCUGAUAUGGCUGAGAUCCAGUCCCGACUGGCGUACGUUUCGUGUGUCCGGCAACUGGAGCUGGUCAAAAAGAGUGGCUACUGCGAGUACAUUCGGCCGCCCAUUGACCGCUUCAAGACCAUGGACUUCGGCAAAUUUGAUGAGAUCUAUGACAUUGGAUACCAACACGGGAAGCUGCUGUUUACUGGCUGGGAACGUGGUGACAUCAUAGAGAACAUGCUGAAAGACCACCGCUCGGCCGACUACACCGACAGCAAGACCGACAGCUACACAUGUCCCGGUGCAGAUUUCACCGAUCUGGCUGAGAUCGUUUCCAGGAUUGAACCUGUGCCGAUCUACAUAGGCGCUGAUGCAGAGGAGUCAGAUGGACUGACAGAGUACGAGGAAGACGGAAUGGACACGGUGAGAGAAGAGGAAGGUGAGGAAGAGGAGGAGGAAGCUGAUGACCCUGAAGACCAGUCACCUGGAGAAUGGGGAGCAAAUGAUAUUUUUCUCCCUGAUGAAGAGAAAUCGGUCCGUCAGCGGAGAAAGAACCCCAGCGAGUCCAACACGUGCUCCGAGCUCUCCGACUGCUGACCAGACAGAAGCGACGUGGCAUCAUGAUCCUUUUCCAAGUAUGGAAGAGUAGCAUCGUCCCUCCACAUAUCCGUCUGAGGAAGAGGAGUCAAGGAGGAAGACGGACAACCAAAGAUAACUGCUCAAAAAUACAGUGGUACCACUGAAGCCACCACGAGAAAAAACGGUGGCUCGAGCUGCUCUAGUUGUGUGAGGUGGAAAAACAAGCAAAGGAAAAAAAAAACAUCACAGUAAGGAUCAUGGGAGUUGAGUGUUAAAGGGCUCUAACUCUCUGUUUUAUCAUUUUUUUUGCUUGUUUUUUCCCCCUUAUUAAAGACACUCUAGCUCAGAAUAAUGGCCAGUAUAAACUGUGUGACAUCAUCCCAGGAUAUCUGAUAACAGUGCCAGAGAACUGGAAGUGUCAUGACAGGUGUGUGUGUGUGUGUGUGUGUGUGUGUGUGUGGUGAAGAGCUCACAGAAAUAAGAAACACUCAGAGCUUCUAGAAAUAACUACAUUACAGAGAAGAGGGAGAGACAGAGCUUAGAAAUAAAGUGGUGGAGUAAAGAGAAGACAGGAAUGUACUGAACUAACAUAGAAAGACAGCUUUAAAAGUGCACUAGGUAAGAAUAAGCUUCACUAAACUGAGGUGAUUUAACGGAUUCAUUGAAUUUUAUUAUUAGUUACUUAUUUAUUAAUAAGUAUUAUUAACACCUACAACUUACCAUCAACGAUUAAUCAACAACAUUAACAAUGAGCCACAUAAGUAAUGAACGUCUCGUAUGUGACAAAAAUGACACAAAAUUUAGGAACAUUUGGAGUUAAUUAAUAUAUAAUAAUCGGCCCGUCUAUAAGGCAAGACACUACAGGUGAAUAGGGUGAAAGUUUACAACAACAGAUAUCACAGUCACUUUUUACCAGUUGAUAUUCUUACAUUUUUUUCUACUGGAAUUUUUUUUUUUUUUAAAUUUGACAAAGAUUUAUGUAAAACACCUAAAUGGAAUGUAAUAUGCAUAUAUUUGCAUACGUUUGCAUACUUAAUAAUGUAAUCUUGGUAGAACUAAAAUAUUUAGUUCACAGUGAAGAUGCUCUUAAGAGAAAAACGUUUAAUGUUUCAUUAAAAAAAUAAUAUGAACUGCAUAGAAAUAUACAGUACUGCGCAAAAGUUUUAGGCAGGUGUGAAAAAAUGCUGUAAACAAAGAAUGCUUUCAGAAAUGUAAAUAAUGAGCGUUUAUUUCUGUCAAGUUACAAAAUGCAAAGUGAGCAAACAAAAGAAAAAUCUAAAUCAAAUCAAUAUUUGUUGUUGCUACCGUUUUGCCUUCAAACCAGUAUGAAGUGAUGGCACGACCCCCACAGAGCCCUGAUCUCAACAUCAUCAAGUGUGUCUGGGAUUACAUGAAGAGACAGAAGGAUGUGAGAAAGCCGACAUCCACAGAAGAUCUGUGGUCAGUUCUCCAAGAUGUUUGGAACAACCUACCAGCCGGGUUCCUUCAAAAACUGUGUGCAAGUGUAGCUAGAAGAAUUGCUGCUGUUUUGAAGGCAAAGGGCGGUCACACCAAAUAUUGAUUUGAUUUAGAUUUCUCUUUUGUUCAUUCACUAUAUAAAUUCACUUUUAUAAACCAUUUUUGAAAGCAUUUUUUGUUUACAGCAUUUUUUCACACCUGCCUAAAACUUUUGCACAGUACUGUACAUCUAAAAAUGUAUGAUGUAUUCAAAUGCAUUAGAAUAAAACAGCGAAAUAACAAGCAAGAUGCAGUCUAGCACAACACUGUGACAUUUAUUUCCCUGAAGUGUCUCGCCUAAAUAAGGGAACGUUAAUAUUAAUACAUCGCAAAGCGUCGAAGUGAAACCGGACUUAAUGUCCGCAGAAAUAUCAUUUCAAUAUAGUACAAGAUCUUAGUGUACUUUUGAAGCAGGGAAAGAACAGGAAGUGAGAAACGGAGCGUGCGACAUGACGUGAAGUGACGUGACGUGAGCUGCAGGAUUAUUUGUGUGUACUGAAGAAAUGAAAAUAGUCUAAGAGUAAAUAUGAGCUGCUUUUCUUUUUUCUUCAAUUCUUGCACAUUAAUAUUCAUGCAAUAUUGUCAGCAGGUCCUGCUGAUCCUUCAGUAGUUCGAAAUUUCCUGUUAGUUUCACUGAGAGAAUUCACUCUCGCUCAUUUUAACAACUCCAGAUUUAAAGGUUUUUUUUGUUUUUUUUUUUUUUUGUUUUGCAUUUCAAUUUUACCUGCUAAAACCACUUUUAAGUCUUGCAAAUAUUUUUUAUUUUUGUUUUACAACAAACUUUUUUUUGGAAAAAAACAACAAACAAACAAACAAACAAAAAACAAACCAUUGCAACAGAACGAAAUGUUGUAGAGAAAUAAUUCUAUGGUGUAGUUUCUUUAUGUAGACGGCUUUAGCUUUUUUGCACUGAUUAAUACGAAUAAUUUAUUCAUUUGAAACUUUCUGCAUUACUAUUUAAACAAAUGUAAUGGAUGACUCGAACACUGCUAAAGAAUAAAUCCUAAUUCAUUCUAAAUUGUGGAAA